AUGGCACAAAUGGAGCAUGUACUUCGCUUAUUUCAACAGAUGAACAAAACCAACAAACCUGAACCAGAACCGGAACCUGAACAUUCAACACCAGAUCUAAAAGUAUCCGAAAAAUUAACCUACCACAACUAUACAAAAUGGUGCAAGCUAAUGCACAUAGCCUUAGACAGCAGAGGACGGCUCAAACACAUCAUUGCCGCCCCUCCUGCACCUGCAGAUCCAAAUUACAAUACAGCAUGGGAUUUAUGGAAGGGUAUUGAAACUCUUCUUGGCAGUGGAAGAGACGAGCUCCAAAUUUUUGAUCUCAGUACAAGGGCAAAUGCAAUAAAACAGAAUAAUGAUACUAUUGAGGUUUACUUUAGUAAACUAAAUACCAUUUGGAAAGAAAUAGAUCGGAGGCAACCGAAUCCUAUGAAAAGUGAUGAGGACAUUACCAUUUUCAACAAAUUCAUUCAAACUCAGAGAUUGUACCAGUUUUUGGCCGGUCUAGAUGAAUCUCUUGAUAAGGAGAGACGAGAUUUGAUAAAUCAAGUGCCUCUUCCAACUUUAGACAUGGCUUAUGCGGCGGUUCGAAGGGAGAUUUCAAGGCGUGGAAUCAUGGUCCACACAUCAUCAUUGGGGCAUAACCCCUCAGAAAUUGGUUGUGACCUCAUCGCACAUCACCGUUCGAGACACACCAAGGACACUUGUUUCAAGCUCGUAGGCUAUCCGGAUUGGUGGGAAGAUCUACAAAAGAAAAAGGCUGCCACCAAGGCACCGGUACACCGGGCCGGCGGCAAAGCCCUUCUCAGUACAGCAGAGGUCACCGGCGAAGAGGAUCCCAACCAUGGAGGUUUGUAUAGGGAGGAAAUAAUGGAGGAUGCUCAUGAAAAAACUCAUGAAAAAGGAACUAGAAAUGAGGAAGAAGAGAGAGACCCACGAUUUAGAGAGAGGAAGGAAAAACCGGCCAUAAGUGAGGGAGGGAGUGAAAACUUUCCUUUCUUGGAUGCUCAGACCGGGACCGUCAUUGGACAUGGAACUGAACGAGGAGGAUUAUACUAUGUUGAUGAGACGACUCCAAAAGGCCAAGCUUUGCUUGCUCGUGGUUCAUCUGAUCAACUCUUCUGGUUAUGGCAUCGACGUCUUGGUCAUCCUUCCCUAGCUUAUUUAAAUUUUUUGUUUCCUUCAGUUAAGAAUAAUAUGUUGACUCUUGAUUGUGAAACUUGUGUUUUGGCUAAGAGCUGUAGACAUUCUUACUUACCGAGUGUUUCUCGUACUGGUACCCCUUUUUCUUUGAUACAUUCGGAUGUUUGGGGGCCAGCCCCUGUUUUUGCUACUAGUACUGAUUCUUAUUAUGUUCUGUUUGUUGAUGAUUGCACUCGUAUGAGCUGGGUUUAUUUUCUUAAACACAAAUCUGAAGUUUUUUCUGUGUUUGUUACUUUUUAUAAUAUGCUUCAUACCCAAUUUCAAGCCACCCCAAAAAUUAUACGUUCUGAUAAUGGAGGAGAAUUUGUUAACUCCUCUAUGAAACAUUUUUUUUCUGAUCGUGGCAUGAUACAUCAAACCUCUUGCCCAUAUACUCCUCAACAAAAUGGAGUGGCUGAGCGUAAAAAUCGUACUCUUCUCGAUAUUACUCGGGCUAUACUCCUUGAGUCUAAUACCCCUGCCUCUUUCUAG